AUGACGUCUCUUGAAUCUCGCAUAAGCUUGCAAGAAUCGCGUAUCAAUUUAUUGAAAACUGCCAUCGACCCUAUUAAAGACAUCGACAUAGCCUUGUUAACAAAACAAAACGUACAAACAAGGCUUGAGGUUUUGGAAGCUAACUGGUUAAAAUUCGAUAAAGAUCACGAUCGAAUUUGUGAGGCUAAGGUGGAUACUACGAAGGAUCUACCUUACAUGAAACUGAACUUUUACGCUAUCGGCCCGGAGGCCUACAUGACGAAUAAGGCAACAAUGUUGGAACUGUUAGCUAAAAUUACUACAGCUAAUCCAUUGGAUGGAACCACAUUAGCGGAUACUUCCAUGGGAUCUACUUCCAAUACAUCGCGACACAUGUUGCCUAAAAUUCAGUUAGUCAAAUUCGCUGGAGAUUAUCAUUCAUGGCGUUCAUUUAGCGACAUGUUUACGUCACUCAUCGGAACUAAUCAAGAUCUAUCGAACGUCAUGAAGAUGCACUAUCUGAAGGCUAGUGUGACUGGAGAAGCCGCGAAUCUCAUCUCAAAUUUUCAAGUUAGUGGAGAUAAUUUUACCCCUGCUUGGGAUAAACUUGUCAACCGAUAUGAAAAUAAGCGGGUAUUAAUAAAUAAUCAUUUGGAUGCUAUCUUUAAAUUGAAACCUUUGCAACGUAAAUCAUCGAAGGAGCUAUGCAAUUUACUAGCAACAGUCAACGAAGCUCUUGGAGCACUUAAAGCUUUGGGAUCAACAACUCAUAAGUGGGAUCAGAUCAUUGUCUAUACCCUAGUAAACCGAUUAGAUCCGGAAACGCAUGAAUCCUGGGAGAUCAAAGCAGGGCCAUCCGUUACUCCAUCUACAUAUGCAGAGCUAGAAAAUUUCAUUUAUGGCAGAGCUCGAGCAUUAGAAUCAAUUGAAGGUCUGAUAGAUUGCCGAUCGGAGAAAACAUGUUUAAAGUGCAAGAUACGUCAUCACACCUUGAUUCAUGUUACGUGGAAUUCUACUGUACCUACAAGUAUGACAUCACCUUCAACAUCAAGGCCUCCCACUGAAUCAGCUGCAGCUUCUGAAGCGACAGUCAAUCAUGCACUUUCACAAAAUAUGAGUAACCUUCCCUCAACAGUUUUACUUGCAACCGCUCAAGUUAAAGUAACUAGUCCCGAUGGAAACAUUACUACAGCUAGAGCACUCAUAGACCAAGGAUCUGAAAUCUCAUUCAUAAGUGAAAGACUGGUUCAACAACUACAUUUACAACGGACACACCCAUCAGUUUCUCUUAUCGGAGUCGGUGCUGUGCAAUGCUCAACUACUCGAGGAGUGGUCUCUAUCAACCUGGCACCAGUAUUUGCAUCGGAAUUAUGUUUGGGGGCAACUACUUACGUUCUUCCUAAGCUCACAUCAAUUCUACCAUCAAUGAAACCAUCCAAAUCCAGCUGGGCUCAUAUCAGUGGUCUUAGACUCGCAGAUCCAUUAUUUAUGAAACCGGGAUCUAUCGACUUGAUUCUUGGGGCUAAAAUCUAUGGCAGCAUUAUUCUUGCUGAAACUAUCAUAGGACCUCCUCUCACCCCUAUUGCUCAAUCAACUAUAUUCGAAUGGAUCUUGUCAGGUCCAGUGGCUCAAGAUUCACCAGUUUCAAUCGCCAAAAUUCAUCAUUGUUCAUUGGACUUCCACCUCGAUAAACAACUGGAACAGUUUUGGAUUCAAGAAUCCAUUACUGAGAAUCAAGGAUCAGAAUUAUCACUCGAGGAGGAAGAUUGUGAACAGCAAUAUGUGUCUACCGUUUCUCGAAAUGAAACCGGUCGGUAUAUCGUUCGGUUACCUCUCAAAGGCUCACCAAAGAAACUUGGUAAUACUCGAUCUUCGGCUAUCAAGAUGAUUCAAUCACUACAACAUAAGUUGAACUCUAAUCCUGAAUAUCGUCACUUAUACUCAGAAUUUCUACGCGAGUACGAAGCACUUAUUCACAUGUCCAAAGCAUCACCGACAUUAGUGGAAGGUAAACCAAUAUUUUAUCUUCCACACCAUGGAGUGUUUAGAGAAGUCAGUUCUACAACUAAAUUAAGAGUUGUCUUUAAUGGCUCUUAUCGCAGUAGUACUGGAGUGUCAUUAAAUGAUAUUCUUCAUACUGGGGCAAAGUUACAAACAAAUAUCUCCGAUGUGCUUCUCUGGUUUCGCCAGUAUCGAUAUGUGUUUGCUGCAGAUAUCGAAAAGAUGUUUCGACAAAUACUCAUUCAUCAAGAGGAUUGGGAUCUGCAAAGAAUCUGGUGGUUUUCGGAUAAUAAUUUGCAAGAGUUUCAUCUACGAACUGUUACUUAUGGCUUAGCAUGCGCUCCAUUUUUGGCAUUGCGAACAAUUAAUCAACUUAUAAUCGACCAUGGACAUCAAUUUCCAUUAGCAAUUGGACCACUUACUAAAGGACGAUACGUGGAUGAUAUCUUUGGUGGAGCAGAUUCUCUAUCAGAAUGCCUUCGAAUUAUUAAAGAGGUAGAUAGUCUCUGUAAUGCAGGCUGCUUUCCACUUCAAAAAUGGAUAAGUAAUGUUCCAAGUGUAUUAUCCAACAUUCUCCAUGAACGUCAUGCUAAGGAACCAACAAUCAUCAUCGAUGAAUCAUCAGCAGUUCGGACGCUAGGUUUAUUAUGGAAACCGUCGAGCGAUCAGUUUCAAUUUUCUGUAACAUCUAACACUGUUCAACAGGUCACAAAGAGAAAUGUUCUUUCCAGAAUUUCUCAAGUCUUUGACCCUCUUGGAUUCAUUUCGUCAUCAUCCAAGCAAAAAUUUUCAUGCAGCAGUUGUCGUUAA